AUGCUAGAUGGAAACGGAAUCACGUUUAGCAACGAGUUGAAAUACAACAAACUCCUCAAAGUUCGUUGUGACAACGUUGAAGGGGAGCAUCUUCUGAAAAUCGGCGAAGAAUAUGAGUUUACUUUAGUUGAUGUAUCAUUCCACUAUUGUACAAUGAGCCAAGGUCCUAAUAAUUUCAAACAUCACCAAAAGUUUGAUGUCUACGAUGGACUUUACACUGAGUGCCCUUCAAAGUGCUAUGAUCGUGACACUCAGUGUAAGUGGAUUGCUAGAGAAAAUGGUAUCUACUUUUCUAGUGUUGAUUACCCCCCUACUAAGAAAUAUGAGUGGAAUAUUCCUCACCUUCUCAAAAACUAG